UUUACCCCUCAAAAAAAGAAAAAAAAAGUCAUUCCAGAAGUCGCUGUUUAAUGACGUCACACCACAACAACGCGUCACGCGGCGCGACACGACGACGACGACGGCUGCUGCGGCCGCAGUUCGAGGAGGCGAAUGAGUGUAGCAUUAGCAGCUCAUUCCCCGUUCAACAAAAAAAACACCUCACGGUUUUGCUACUGUUGAUAACCUGCUACACAAGAUGAUAUUUAGUAGGUUUUGUAUUUUUUAAAUACGUCUGAAGAAAUGAGAGGAAUAAAAUCCAGAGGCGACUCGAGGCGAGCGAGCUAAUCGACCGUAACGAGUUCAAGCAUCGAUCAGCUGUGCGAGCAUGCACGAACAAAAGAGUCAAUCCAAGGUUCACAGUCCCUGUGGCCUCAUCAGCAGCAGCAGCAGCAUCAUGGUGGACAUCGCUGUGAAGAGCGGAGCUGCUUGGGUCUGUCAGGCUCAGGGACGUCAGCUGGCUGAUGUCCUGCUCCCCGUGCACAUCGCUGACAAAGAGGAGGAGCUUAGUCAGUCACAGGGAGACAAGACAAACCGGUGCAGUCCGGUGCUGUUGGAGCAGACGGAGGACGGGUCUCCCUGUGUCCUGACCAUCCACUGCAGCCCCGGCUCCCCCGCUGCCAUCGGCCGCCUGCUGGUGGUCAGCGAGGCUCGGACCAUGGAGCUCUAUGACCAAACAGGCGAAUACUGUGGCACGGUGCGGGGGGAGAGGGACCACGGCGUCCAACAAGACAGUGAAGACCGGGGGCCUUUCUACAGGAAACAGCUGAUCUUGGAACUCCCGUCCGCUGCCUGCGAAGUGAAGCUGCUCUCCCUGGCCGGCAGAAGCAGUUUGUUGGUUUGUCGCAUUGUCGUGGGUCUCCAGCCGCCGCUGCAGCAGCAGCCCGGCCCAGUCCGUGGCCCCGGCAUCGACAUGGAGCAAGUGCAGUGUCUGGUUGAAGAGAUGGGGACGAGCCUCUCGCCAGGAGCCCAGAACCUCAUGGAAAUGGUUCACUACCAGCAAAAGAACCAGACAGGCUCUCUGGGCGGUUUCCUGCCGCUCCUGAUGGGCAGCGGCGCUUUCUCCAUCCUGGCUCGAGGAGCGAACGCCUCCCCAGGUGCCGUCAGCAGCCAAACCCAGUCUGCAGAAUCCACGCCCCCUGCGAGCGUCAUCAGCGCUGCAGACGAAGCUCCGCUGACUGAGAACAGAGCGACGUCCGCCUCCUCUCCAGACUCGCUGCUGUCUGGUGUCAACACGAACAACGCAGGUCAGGUGAGCCACGCCCAUCUGGCACAGAUGAUGUCACACUUCCUGAAAGGUCAACAUGGACAGGCGUUGACCUCCGGCCCGGAGCUCCUCCCCAUGCUCCAGAGCGUCUGCGGUCAGGUGACCCAGCUGAGGCUGGACGAUGCAGCGGUGGUGGAGAGAGAGAAGAAGCUGAGCAAUGGCUCAUGGGAGUUGGACUCGGCCAUGGAGCGCCGCCUGGAGGAGAUGGAGAAGAGGCUGAAGGAGCACGUGGACCGUCGCCUGGACGCCCUGGAGCAGAAGCUGGAGCAGGCCCUGCUGAGCGCCCUCCACCAAGGGGAGACGAGCGGCUCAGCUGGGGGGGUUCGUGGAGCAGAGGGGCCCCGAGCCCCCUGCAGCCACGCACUGACUUCAGAUGACUUAACGUAGCAUGUGACCUUUUGACCUUACUGACCCGGGGUCCUCUUCAGUGUCAGAGAGGAGGGAGGGAAACAGAUCACUGCAAUAAUCUGCUAAAACUUCAAAUCAUGUUCAACCAGAAGUGUCAGUGAGUUCAACAACUGUUCAAGGUUCUGCAUCUUUAAUGUUUCUUCUUAAUAUUUUAUUUCAGUUAAAACAGUUUGACAGCUGACGUGAAUGUCCCGUACGUUAACGUUUGGAAUUCCAGACGUCUCAUGUUCAGAAUCACCGAAAACAGAAAACACAGUAAAAAUGAAGGAGUGGGACAAUUCAGUUUCAACCCAGCUGCAGAGGAAACGUGAGGAAAAGCUUAAAUUAUCACAUCGAUAAAUUAUCUUUUCCAGGUUGUUAUUUAAAAUAUCAAUGGUUUACAUGCAACACAGACACAUAGUGACAAUAUGUUCAAUGUAAAACACGUUUCGUGAUCCUGAUGAGGACUGCAACUAACAGUUAUUUUCAUAAUCGAUUAAACUGUUGAUUAUUUUCUCGAUUAGUUAUUUGGUUCAUAAAAUGGUGAAAAAUGUCGAUCGUGUUUUCCCCAAACUCCAACAUGAUGUUUUUAUUAAUUAAUUAUUAAUCGAUUAACUGUUGCAGCUCUAGUCAGUUGUAUUCUGAAUAACAGUUAUUCACAGUGUGAACUGUAACUGCACUGAUGAUCUCAUGUAAAGUGUUUCAGUUAAUCAGCCAUAAUUAUUCAGUUCAGUUUCAUUUGACACUCAUGAAUGUAAAAUCUGACUGAAUAAACAUAAUCCUAUUACAAGAUUAUGUAACUGAUUAAAAAAUGUGUAUUUAAUACGACACUGUAAUGUUUUGAGUGAUGUCUGUAACAUAAAGCUUGUCUGUAAAAAAAUGACUGUUGACCAUUGAUAUGGUUUUUAAUAACUGUACUAAUGUAAAUAGCAAAUAAAAUAUAUUUAUACGGAUGGAUGAA